UAGCCCUGGGGGGGCACGAGCACCCACUAGGAAGGAGAGCGCAGCCCUGCGCCAAGCAGCUGCUGUUUGCAAGGUGUAAAUCAAGGAUCGUGCCCUUGUCAGGAUGGGACACAGAGGUGAUUCAGCUGACAGACUGCACACCAGGAUGAGUUGCAACACUCUCUCCCUGUUUAAAUUUGAUAUAUUUUUCUGCUGAGACAUCCGACUAUACAAACAGCUUACCUGGAGCUCCACAGGCAGCUCUGUUAGCUCAGGUGCUGCACAAGUGUGCUGAAAGCAGCACUGGAAUUGGUGCACAGGGCAUGGAGGAGAAAGAAGGCAACUCCACGUAAACAUGCCAAACUCAUUAAUUAUUACCAGCAACCCCAGCCAGACCCCAAGAAUGUUGUUACAGCACUUGCUGGGGCACAAAGAUGUGCAAUGCUUAGCAUCACUUGGGACUGAGCACAAAACAUCUCUGCAUCUCACCCACGUCAGGACAGCAGAAAGGGAAGAUAGUUGGCACUCUGCAUUUUCUCCCUGUGCAAGCAAGCAGGGAAACAGUAAGAGACAGCACGGUGCUUUCAGAAGCCAUCUAGAGACAACACUGCUACGGUUUUCCCCCCAGUUCUCCCUAUUUGUGGAAAGUACUGAGAUAAUCAGAGUCACGCACAGAGAAGACUUCACUCAUUUCCAGUCCAUGUAAACAUCCCCUGCCCUCCCAUCAAAGCGCAUCCCGACAUUCACAAGAAAGGGAACUGCACCUCAGCAGGCCUCCAAGAUGCCAGCAGCAGCUUGCACAUGUAACAGAACCAAUACGAGGACUGUCAAUAUUUGCCCACUUUGGAGAAAUCAAAGGAGGAAUCGCGCUGAGCGGACACACAUCGGCUAUAAAACGUGCAACUGGGCUCACACUCAGCACCCUGGGAUCAUCCUGCUCCAGUGCUGCCCAUCACGAGGCCAUGAAGCUCCUGGUGCUCCUCAUCUGCCUUGCAGGGCUGGCCCCCGCGGGCUGCAACGUGGCUCAGUUUGCUUCCAUGAUUAAAGAGAAGACUGGGAAGUCUGCACUGUCCUACAACGGCUACGGCUGCCACUGCGGACUCGGGGGAUCCAAGAGGCCGGUGGAUGCAACAGACUGGUGCUGCCAUGCCCACGACUGCUGCUACAAGAAGUUGUCAUCCUUGACCUGCGUUCCCCACCUUGUCCUUUACACAGUCUCCAUCAAGGGAGGCCAGAUCACAUGCGGUAAGAGAUGGCACGAGGUCCAACCACUCACACUUCCAGGGAAUCCCUUCCUUGGUGUCUUUCAAACUAACCUGGCUGGGAAACCACUUGCUGGGGAGGGGGGUGGAAGUGAAGGAAAGGUGCCAGGAGUGGUGCUAACCUACCAGCUGGAGCCAUGGUAAAGUCUAGAGCUACAAAGGAUGGGGGUUCCCCUUCUAUAGAGGCCAAAUAUUGAUCCAGUACAACUGGACACAGAACACUUGAGGUUUUCUAAUCUGGAUGGGGUCACCCUGAUUUCCCAGCUGUCCCUUGUGCCAAUCCGAAGCAAAAAAACACCAUCUCUGGGUGAAGGGACCAAAACCAAGCACUUCCUCAUGACCAAAACAAAUAUCUAUAUAAAGUAAACUGAAGGCUCCCUCCAGGGUCAUUAUUGGUUUGUAGCCACACAGCUCCAUGCCCCAGGGGGAGGAUGC